UUUUCCAUGAACGACCUUGCCUCCCUGUUCUCGCCACAUUAACCACGCGCCGGGGAACGUGAUAUGUUCGUAGCCGAGGACGGGCUUCUUGUUGACAGAAGCAGCCCAGUUAAGGGAGGGAGGAUGCGACCACCCUUAAAAGGCAAAUUGUCACUUUUUCCUGACUGCUAACUCAGCCUUAAAUGACCACGACGCUACCUGUCAGAUUUGUUGCAAGAAAUUAUGCCUGUAUUUAAAGUACUUUAUCCCAAAAAUUGCUUGCUGAUAAUGGCAGAAACAGAUGCAGCUUUGUGAUGGGACAUGAAUUCCGUUAUUGUUAAAAUUGCUAUAAUACUGCACAAUUUGUUGCUGAACCUUGAACUUACUUCUAAUAUAUCUUUUCACUGUUAUCAUUGCACCACAUCCUGUAUUAAUGAAUAUUUUGUGUACCAUAACUUUAUUUACCGCAUUGGCCCGAAUAUAAGAUGUGUUUUUUUUUUUCAUUGAAAUAAAACUGAAAAAUGGGGGGGUUGUCUUACAUUUGGUGUCUAGACAAAAGCUUUUUUCAAACUUGAGUUGAAAAAGAGGGGGUCGUCUUAUAAUCGGGGUCAUCUUAUAUUCGGGCCAAUUCGGUACUACGUUCUAUUGAAUAGCCACUUGGAGAUCUUUAUACUGGUUUGUUAGUUCUAACAGGGCUGAAAUUAAGUGACUGGAAAAUGGAUUUUUCAUCGUUGCAAAUGAUGACGGCAAUCUAUCAUGUUCUUUGAAGCAAAGAUGCCAAAUCGCUGUUAAUGUAGUGUCAAAAUAUUCUGCCACAGGAUCCAUAAUGAGCCUUGAUAUGAUGUUUGCUGCAUCUGAGACUUGUGUGAAGGCAUGACUAGCCGGCAUAAGGAGGAAAUGAUUCAUGUUCCUCAUUUCAAGGCCGUGGACUGGACAUGAUGUGUUUCCUGCACUGUGUGUGUGUGUGUUGACAGUGUGUUCUGGCCUCAGCAUAUUUGCUUGCUUGCAGUCAGUCGUUUCCAACCAUAGAGUUCUUCGGGGUGCACUUAUUUUGUUGAUUACACAAGUAUGACAAUUUUAUAUUCUUCAAUUAGAUGUCAGAAGGUACAAUGAACCUUUCUAUCCACCUGUUGCUGUUCAUUCAACAGUCGUGGCUUUCUGAAAAACUUGCCAGGAAUAACAAUAGGUCCAUUCUGGCACGGCUCCGGAGGGAGGCUGCAGCGUUCCCGGCCGGCCACUCCGUGUGCCAGCAAGGGUUGCUUUUUAAGAUUGGGUUUCCACAGCCACCUGGAGCUACCAGCACAGGAAUGCCAUUGUUCCAAACUUUUGGACUAUAGCGGGAUCAGAGCUACUUGCGUGCACACACACACACACACUCAAGUACACACGCUUUGUUGUUAGUGUUUAUAAGCUUUGGCCUUGUUGGGGGUAAAUACGAGAACGUAACAAGUGGCUGUAAAUUAAAAUAAGCUGUUUGUUACUUGAUUUGUGUGCAGUAAAUUUGAGUGUUUGCAUUCAUCAAAAAGUGUAAAACAGUCCUUCAUUUUUACUUGUAUUUUAAAUGCUUUGGGAAGUUUAUUCAAUUGUUAUGCUGUCUGAGAGAUGAACAAGUUUGUUAUUCGCUUGGGGACUUGAACUGGACUUGCUUUCAGACGUUGGUGAGCAGGCAGCCUAUUAAUCAUUCUUGCAAAGCACCAGCGGAUCAUUAAAUGAUGAAAAGGUAAUCCCUGCCAAUUUUUUUAGCCGGCCACUUCAAUCAAUUAAUGUUGAUGGACAUAGCGUGUUUAGCUCCUUGUUUGUCGCAUUCUUAAUCUCUGUGUGUUUGUUGUUGUGAGGUGGGAGGAGAGCUGAACGAUUAUUUUUAUAUCCAAAUUGCGAUUUCUUUGCCCUGACACACCCUGAACUGGGUCGUUAUCUCGUUUAGCGGUGCACUUUGGCACCAGGCACACUGUAGUUCUGCAAUAAUAAAGCCAUAUAUGUGGAUGAGGUUAGUCUUAUCAAUGUGUCAUGGGUUGAAGACUGACAAUAAAAGCCAAAGUCCAGGAAGCAAGACUUGGACUCUCGGACUUCUUGGAUACAAAACGAUCCUUUCGCUAGUCACUCAGGCAGACGUACUGAGGCUGUCUGCGAGUGAACAUUUGAAAGCUUGAAGGGUGAGGCAGUAUCUUCAUCAGGACCAUGGCAAGCCACGUUGAGGCCAGUCUCGAAUGUCCGGCCUGUUUGGAGAUCUUUAGAGAUCCUGUCAUGCUGCCGUGUACUCACAGCAUCUGCAAAGACUGUCUCCAGAAAUGGUCGGAGCAGAAAGGCGGUCACUCCUGUCCAGUCUGUAGAACAAAGGUUAAUUCCAUGGAUUUGCCUAUGAACUUGUCACUGAGGAACGUGUGUGAGGCUUUUUCACUCGCCUCAAUCGAGUUAAAGGACAUCUGCAGCUUGCACAAAGAGAAACUCAAACUCUUCUGUUUGGACCACCAGGAGCUUGUGUGCCACAUCUGCAAAGAUUCAGAAAUCCACGAUGGGCACAAGGUCCGCCCCAUUGAUGAAGUUGCAGAAAGUAACAAAGUGAAACUCCAGGAAGUCCUGUUGGAUACAAAGAAAAGACUGAAAGAUUAUACCGAGGUAAGGGACAGCUGCAAUAAAUUCUCAGACUACAUCAAGGUCCAGAGGGAGAAGGUGGAAAGCAAGAUUAAGAAGAAUUUUGAGGAGCUUCGUCACUUCUUGCAGGUUGAGGAGGAGGCCAGGUUGUCUGCUGUGAGGGAGGAAGAGAGGAACAAGACUCAGAUGAUCAAGGAGAAAAUUAAGGCUCUCAGCACAAACAUGGCCACUCUCUCAGACAUGAUCAAAACCGCAGAGGAGCAGCUGAUGUCUGACGACCUUUCCCUCAUGAAGAACUUCCAGACUUUGAUGACCAGAAUGCAGAAGCCUUCCGACAAGCCCGAGCAGCUCCCAAGGGGAUCUCUCCUGGAUGAAGCCAAACACGUGGGCAACCUCAAGUUCACUGCGUGGGAAAAAAUGAAGGAGAUUGUUUCCUACAGUCCCGUCAUUCUGGACCCUACCACAGCCAGUCUAAAACUCAGUCUGUCUGAAGAUCUGACCAGCGUGAGUGCUGAUGCAGAACAGCAGCGUGCCCAAAAUCCAGCGAUGCUUUGGAAGUACAUUGUGUUAGGUUCUGCUUUGACCUCGGGGAUGAACAUUUGGGAUGUUGAGGUGGGAGACAACACUGACUGGCGGCUGGGGGUGGUGUGGGAAAAGUCCUUUGUCCUAUACGGGUUCUGGAUCACAUUUCGAGAUGAUAAAUACACACUUUCUUCAAAACAAUCCGAAACGUGGUAUCCGUCAGUGAAACUGAAGAGGAUCCGAUUUCACGUGGACACUAACGAAAAAUCACUUUCAAUCACCGAAUCUCUAACAAAUACUUUAUUGCGUAAAGCAGAUAUUUCCAAGUGGAAACUUUCAUCCGACGAUGUGAAUAAAGUCCCCUACUUUUUCACCAGGGAUAAAAAUCCUCUGAAAAUACUUCCAGUUCCGCAUUGUGUUACGAUUCAAAAUCAGUGAUGAUGUCAGAGAUCUUUUUUGUGACUGUUUGUGAAUGUGAAUGUUUUCCUGUCAUUACGACGCGAGACUGGCGAAAUUAGAAUCUCCCACAUGAUGAUGGCUCCUUCUCCGUAGUGUUAACGUUGUGCCGGUGCAGAAGGUGGGGAAAAUGUUUGAGAUCUUGUUAGAUAAUUAACGAGCACCAUUUAUCAUUUGUAUUUGUUUAAGACUAUUAAAAAGUGUGUGGCGAAAGCAAGCUGAAGAAUAUGAUGUGAUUACAUUGUCAAUGUCGCAACUGUUGGCUCAUGAGUUUACCAUUUGUCAUUUUGUCAUUAAAAAGGGGAAGCACCACUCAACUAAAUGCUCCAUACUUUGUAUUGUAUAUAUAAAAAAAAAAACAAGAUUGUAAAUAGUUACGUGUUAAUUUUUGGACCACAACGCUAGUAAUUAUUAAUUAAAGCACAGCAUCUCUACUCGAAACUGAAAGAAUGACAAAGAUAAAUAAAGAUAAGGUUUAUUGCGGGAUCAGAGGUUCCGUCAUAAAACUUUAUAACUGCCAUGUGUUUUUUCUUUUUUUUUUUCUUCUUUUUUUCCAUGAACUGUGAUAAGUGCAUUUGAUUCAUGGGAUGGCUCUGAUGCUUUUGCAAUGAUGUACUGAAAGGAAGCAAACCACUGUUAAGAUUACUAAUUGGUAUUCAAUCAGCGCUGAGUGGCAUGUAUCUUUUAUUUGCACCAAUAAACGUCUACAUUUGGUA